AUGUUCGCAUCCACGAUCAGAGCAGGCGCGAGACGCACGCAGCUGACGACAAAGGGCGGAAACAAGGAUUACUACAAGGGCACAAGAACGGGAUAUAUCGAUGGGUACAGGACAGGGCCAGCGGGGAGGCACGCCGGGAAAUCAAACAACACGUUCAUCCUCGAUGAUUCAAAGGCUAGAGUGUUUGUAGCACCAGCGAAUUUCCACAGCGGAGAAGCACCUCUAAAGCCCUAUGUCGAACGCAGUGCACAGAUCGAUAAGCCUUGGUCGACGCUCGUCACUGAAAAUCUCUUCAAGCAGCACAACCCCAGCGCUGAUGCAGAAGAUGAAGCCAGGCGGUGUCUCGAGCCUGCAACGGAAUCCCUCUCGCAGUACAAAGCACUCAAGGGCGGGCUGAACAAGAAGGAUGCAAGUGAAGGUGAAGGGACCUUCGAAGCACUCGAGGAAGACAUACGCAUCCGCCAUGGAUAA